AUGCCAAAGGAGGCCAACCUCGAGCCGCCUGGCAUGGCCCAGAUGCUAGUCCGCUAUGAGACCGUUGUCAUUAACGACUCCACUCCCUACAAGCGACGGGAGAGAGCAUACUCGGGCGACGACUCGAUGUUUCAUGCACGCAACAGGGACACCCUUGUGUUUGGUGUGGCGGAUGGAGUCGGCGGCUGGAAGCGUCGGGGAAUCAGUUCAGCCAGAUUCAGCCGUUCGCUGACUGCGUACUCUGCCCAUGCCGUGGCAAGGGUGCAAGAUGGCAACCCAAAGGAAAUUAUGCACAAGGCAGUUGCGGCUAUGAAAUAUGAUGGUAUUCCGGUAUAUGGGUCGUCAACUGAAACUAUUGCCAGUCUGUCGCUUAAGACUGGAACUCUGCACCUUGCGCAGCUGGGCGACUCGCGGUCUAUUGUGCUAAAUUGUCGCCAGGAGGCAGUGUUCGUGUCACCAGGGCAAGUCCAUUCGCCCAAUAUGCCAUACCAGAUUUCGUUUCGCCCUCCUAAGGACACCAACACUUCGUAUGGCAGUGCUAGUGGCCAGGUGGAUGAUCUAUGCUACUACCGGCCGCGAAAGGACUAUUCGCUGCUGACAGAUGGCGCUGAGAGAGAAAUCAUCAGGAAUUUGAAGCGUCAGAAAACUGAUACCCCCCGUGAUGCGCUGGAAGAGAUCGUCUACCUGGCACACAACAAUAUGGCGAUUAUUGCUACCGACGGGCUGUUUGACAAUAUGGACCCAGAGCUGAUAGUGUAUCUUUGACACGAUUUACUUUCAGAAUUGUUCAGGAGGCUGUUUUCAACUACCUUUUGCCGGUUAUUAGACCGGGUACACAAGGUAGUCGCUCGCGUGGUGUUGCCGCCAGGCAGUGUAAGCCUGAUGAUAUCACCGUCAUGGUUGCAUGGGUACAGGAUAUAUCGUAAGAACCACUGUUACCCGAAAAGCAACUCGCGUGCCAAGGUCUUGGCUACAUCAGGAGAGCAUAUAAAUGCCCUUCACUCCUCCGCUCACCAACUUUUCUGGGCUGACUCCCGUCCGUUUGUUUCCACACCAUAUCCUUCGGAAUAUAUUGCAUAGUUAUUUCCUCUGGUAUCCACAAUAACCCUGGGG